AUGCCUCGCAGCGGAGACGGAUCCAGCCACAAUGGCCCAUUCGACGAGGCCGGCCACAGCGUUGCCCACGGUGUUGGUGAUGCCGGCACAGACAAGGUCGCACGCGCCGACAAGACGGCGCCCAUGCCCGAGCCCGAGAAGGGCCUUGCAGUCGAGGGCCUCGGCGCCAGCGGCGGCCAGAGCCAGGGCAUCAAGCAGGGCCCCAACGCUGGCCAGGGAGGCAGCGGCUCGUCCAACUAG